AUGGCUUAUUGCAAAUUCCCUGAUGUUUAUUGCUGGAUUCAAAAGCUUCCACCAAUCUCAGAAUGGAGAACAAUUUCCAUGUCACUAACCAUAUGUUCUUCAUCAAAAUCAUCACAACCUUCUCUCUCUCUCACCAUAGCCAAAAAUCACCAAACCCCAAAUAAAGUAAUCUUUGCAAUUGUAGCUGAUUUUAGCAUCCCCAUCUCUCUAUGGACCUCAAAACCCUUCAAACCAAAUCCAAAAACCAUGAGGCUCAUAGAUAGUGAAGAAACCAUUUCCAAUCUCCUUGUUAAUUUCAUUGAAGAUAUCCUUCACUAUGGCCCCAACAAAAACACCAACACCUCCUACAUAAAAUUCCCAUAUUCAAAUCCAAAUAACAUUCCAAACUUUGAAGAAAUCUUCAACCUUGCAUUCCUCACCUUGUUGUUCCUAGUUUGCAUAUAUGAAGCACCUUUGGAUAUUAGAUCCACAUGUCUCACUACUUUGAAGAACAACUUACAAGGUUGUCAAUCAAGACAAGCAUCCAAGUUGUUGAUGAAGAUGUUGGGGAACAAUCUAGAAGAACAAUGGAUGCGUUCUAUAAACCUUGCAAUAACUAAUUGGAUUGUGGAGACUCAACAACAUGAACUACCACAUCUUAAUCAUCAUCAUCAACAUAGCAUGAUGAUGAGAACACCAUCUCCUUUGUACUCUUAUUCAUUCUCAACUCUUGGGUUAUGGAAAGUUCAAUUGUAUUGCCCUGUUAUAAGCAUGGAUGUUGUGCAUUCAAAUCACCAUCAUUAUUUAGCAGCUGAUGAGAGGCUUCAAUUCUCUCUUAAGUAUCAUCAACUUGAAGGUGUUCUUCAGUUCAAUCACAGAGUCUUGAACAGAGAAAGGUGGAUUGAGAUCAUCGUCAACAUUGACAACAUAAGGUGUGAUGUAUUGAAACUAGUAGAUGAUAGCCUUUUGAGAGAAAGAGGAGCAGGAGCAUCUGAGAAAUAUUUCCCAUCAAGAAUAUUGUUACAACUAACUCCCAUGGUCCAACACCAAGUAUUGAGUUUAUCGGUUGGCAAGUCCUCAGAAAAUCCAUCAAUAGAGAUUGGCAUGGAAAGAGGCAUAGAAGCCUCAUUCCAGCCACCAAAUCCCCAAGUAGGGCUCACUUUUUCGGCCGGCGAGUCGUCGACCGUGAGCCUAAAGCCUUGGAAAUUCGAGCAAUCCGUGUACGGCUAUAGCGCGAAUUUGAAUUGGAUCCUCCAUGAUAGCAUUGAUGGUAGGGAAGUGUUCUCAUCAAAGCCUUCAAAGAUUGCAUUGGUGAAUCCAAAGUCAUGGUUUAAAGAUAGAUACUCUAGUGCUUAUAGACCUUUUACUAGGCAAGGAGGGGUUAUUUUUGCUGGGGAUGAGUAUGGAGAGAGUGUGUGUUGGAAGGUUGAUAAAGGUGCUAAGGGCAAAACAAUGGAGUGGGAGAUUAGGGGUUGGAUUUGGGUGACAUAUUGGCCUAACAAGUAUAAGACAUUCUAUGAUGAAACUAGGAGGUUGGAGUUUAGGGAGAUACUUCAUGUUAACAUUCCUUAGCUUUAGCUUAUUAUAUUACUACACUACGAGAAAAGCGGCGAACAUUUAGGGGCGGUUUACAAAAUCCGUUGCUAAAUGAUAUCUGACAGUGAUUAUUUCAGUAAUUACUAUUAACUGCUGCUAAAGAUUUUGUUAUACCUUAUCUUUCAAUGAGUUGGCAACUGCUGCUAUUUACUUCCAUAACCGUCGUUAACUGCCAAA